ACGUAACAACAAAAUAUAGUUUCUUCUUGGUGUUUUAGGGUUUAUAGAGGAGGGCGGGAGAGACACACAAAGCGAGAAGGGUUAGAAUGGGAAACCAGAAACAAAAGUGGACAGCGGAGGAAGAGGAGGCGCUUCUGGCCGGAAUCACCAAACACGGUCCUGGAAAGUGGAAGAACAUCCUUAAAGAUCCCGAAUUUGCCCCUUUCCUCACUCACCGCUCCAACAUUGACCUCAAGGAUAAAUGGCGGAAUUUGAGUGUCAGUACUUCUACUCAAGGUGCCAGAGACAAAUCAAGAGCACCCAAGGUAAAAGCCAUUGUUGCUUCCCUUCCCAACACUCCCAAUUCUUCUGCUCCAGUUGCGUCGCGUGCUCACAAUGUAACUUCUGAUACUGUUGUGGGUGAUUCUUCAAACAACGGUAUAGACGGGAAGAAUGCUCCUAGGUAUAACACAAUGAUUUUUGAAGCCCUUUCAACCAUUAAAGAUACAAAUGGAUGUGAUAUAAGUGCAAUUGUAAGCUACAUUGAGCAAAGGCAUGAAGUUCCACCAAAUUUUAGAAGGUUACUAAGUUCAAGGCUGAGAAGACUUGUUUCACAAGGCAAACUGGAAAAGGUACAAAAUUGCUACAAGAUUAGAGAAGAUACCUUGAUGGGAACAGAAACACCUACCCCUAAACAAAAAGACGUACGCCUGCGGCAGAAUUCUGAUGCAAUAGGUUCUGGUGAAACAGUAGAAGAAGCAGCCAUCACAACAGCCUAUAAAGUUGCUGAAGCUGAAAAUAAAUCGUUUUUAGCCGCUGAGGCCGUGAAGGAGGCAGAAAGAGUCUCCAAAAUGGCUGAAGAUACCGAUUCAAUGCUUCAGCUAGUGAAAGAAAUCUAUGAACAAUGUUCACGAGGGGAAACUGUUAUUUUGGUUUGAGUCUUUAGCUGCCUAGGAUGUAAGUGAUAGUUGUCUUUUUCUUUAUAAAUUUUGGAAUCUGUGUAUGUAUGUGAAUUGUGGAUCCAUUGAUCUUGUUCAAUGAAUCAAUGCAUGGGCAUUGAAAUGCAUUUAUGACCAUUCAAGAUCCAUGAUGAAUCAUGUAGUUAGUAUAUUACAAGGUAUUAUUGUACAAUUAGCCCGUUAUAAUUAGAGUGGAAACCAGUUUUGACUUUUGGAAGCAACAUGUAGACAAGGGGAAUGUACAUUUUAGAAUCAUAAUAAUGAAGAAACUCUUUUAGCCCCAUCCCAUGGCAUUAGUGACGAAAAGCCUACAUUUCUAUGGAUACUAGGGGAUGGGAUCUAUGAUAUUUGGGCGGAAUGUUGGGUAUGCGUAUGUGUAUGGUAUUGGGGUAUAUAUAUUUCAAAGUUAUUUUUACUAUA